CCUGGUUGCAGUUUUGUGUUUCCUGUUUACGGGCGGGAAGAGCGAAAGAAGCUGAACCAUCGGUCUGUCUUGUUGCAUCGCUGUGCUUUCAAAACUCAACGUAAUUCUUUUUUGUUUUGUCUGUUAGCGCUGGUUGAAUAAUUUAGGAUAAACCGAAUUUCACGGGAUUUGAAUAUAUAUUGUUGCUUGACCUGUGCAUACAAUUUAAAGAAAUUUGAAGCGCGAAACUGAUGGAGGAGCCUGCAGACUCCGGCGGUGGCAGUGCAGCACUGGGCCCUACAGCGCAAGUGGCGGAGAUCCGCUGCCCAAUAACAGCGCGUCCUAUGCGGCUGCUGGAAUGGAAAGUCAAACCCGGGUCCCUCGUAAAUGUAGACUCGGUGUUAGCGCUAUGUGCUCCCAUCUCUGAGAAAGAGUCCGCGUCUCAGCCGCCUGAACAGCCCAACAGGCAGCCCGAUAAAAAGCUGAAAUCUGAUCGAGCUGGAGUGGUGAAGGAGCUAUGUUGUCAACUUGGACAAGUCAUAUCGCCAGGUGGUGUGAUUGUCAGAGUCGAAGAAUGCAGCCAUCCUGUUGUGAUGAAGGGGCUGUGCGCUGAAUGCGGCCAGGACCUCACACAAAUGCAGAGUAAUAAUGGGAGGCAGCAGGCUCACAUCUCCACGGCAACUGUUUCCAUGGUGCACAGUGUCCCCGAGUUGAUGGUCAGCUCUGAGCAAGCAGAGCAGCUGGGCAGAGAAGACCAGCAGAGACUCCACAGGAAUAAGAAGCUGGUUCUCAUGGUUGAUCUGGACCAGACCCUGAUCCACACCACUGAGCAGCACUGCCAGCGCAUGUCCAACAAGGGAAUCUUUCAUUUCCAGCUGGGUCGGGGGGAGCCCAUGUUACACACGCGCCUGCGUCCACACUGCAAAGAAUUUCUUGAGAAAAUCGCCAAGCUCUAUGAGCUGCAUGUGUUCACCUUCGGAAGCCGCCUCUACGCACACACCAUUGCUGGUUUCCUGGACCCUGAGAAAAAGCUGUUCUCUCACCGGAUCCUGUCCAGAGACGAAUGUAUCGACCCCUUCUCCAAGACUGGGAACUUAAGGAAUUUGUUCCCGUGUGGUGACUCCAUGGUGUGCAUUAUAGAUGACCGGGAGGAUGUGUGGAAGUUUGCUCCAAACCUGAUCACUGUGAAGAAAUACAUCUACUUCCAGGGCACGGGAGACAUCAACGCACCGCCUGGGUCCAGAGAGGCUCAGCAGGGAAGGAAAGCUGGUGUCCAUGCCAGCCGACCAGCGCAGUCCUCCGAACCAGCAGUGACGUCUGGGACAACUGAGUCUGUGGUGGGAGCGUCCGGGGUGGAGGAGCAGAGCAACGGUCUCAGGAAACCACGGGGGAAAGACCGCAACGAAGGAGGGAAGGAGGAGUCAACGGCCUUGUCAACCACUCCGGUAGCCCCGGCCAAUGAACGGACUCAGCCAGAUGGGGGCGAGGCCAGGGAGGAAAGGCGGGGCCAGGGGGAGGGGGCUGAGGCACAGGUGAGCGACAGGACGAAUGUGAGAGAGGAGGUUCGAAUAGAGGCGGAGGAUGGGAGCAGGACAGUAGUCUCAGGGGAGGAAGCUCCCCCUCCGGAUGGGGGGAACUCAUCCGGCACUCCUCCAGACCUCCAUGAGCCCAACAGCAACCUAGACUUUGAUCUGUCCAGCGACAGCGACUCUGAAUCUAUUACGGGUAAACUCCCCUCAUCGGACAGCGAGGUGGACGAGGGGUCCAGCCAGACCAGGAAGUGCAAACAGGAACGGGUGGAGCCGGCAGGAGUAGAGGAGAUAUCGUUGCGCGAUGAAAGAAAUGAUGAGUGUAAAGAGAAGAGCACUGGGGAGAACAUCACCGAGGUGGGCGAAGAGACAUCAGGCCUAGGUGUUGUCCUCCCCGCUGACCCAGAGCUGGAGAACGGGUGCUCCGAGCGGAAGGAGGUGGAAACGGAGUCCCAGAACAGCGAGCAGUCAGGAGUUACUAUGGGGGAAGAGUCUUUGGACCAAAGCAUGGAGGAGGAGGAGGAGGAGGAGGAGGAGGUGGAUGUGGACAAGGAUGACCACCUCAUCUACCUGGAGGAGGUGUUAGAGCGCAUCCACAGAGAAUACUACGGCCGUUAUGAAGCUUUCCUCAGGAAGGAACGCCCAGAGAUGCCUGACAUCAGGAAGAUCGUCCCAGAGCUGAAGGCCCGGACACUGGAGGGCAUCACCAUCGUCUUCUCUGGCCUGUACCCCACCAACUACCCCAUGGAGAGAACCAGGGAGUCCUACCAUGCCAAGGCCCUGGGAGCCAAAAUAGGCAAGUCACUGCUGCUCAGAGCUAAAGACCCAGACCGGACCACGCACCUCAUUGCUGCUCGGACAGGAACAGAGAAGGUCCGCCAAGCCCAGGGCUUUAAGCACCUCCAUGUGGUGAACCCUGAAUGGCUUUGGGGAUGUCUGGAGCGCUGGGACAGGGUGGAGGAAGCACUGUAUCCAUUGAAAGAGGACUACAUAAAGACUCAACGGAGCAACAGCCCUGCCACAUUCCCUGACCUCCAAAGCUCCUUUCAGAGCCCCCUGUACCCCCACGCUCCUCACCACCACAACCCCCUUCAAGCCGCCCCCGAGUCGCGGACCUACGACCCUGUCACGGGGAAGCUGAUUCGCCGCGGGCCUCAGGCCUCCAAACCACCAUCUUACAUCCAGGCCUCCAUGUCUUCUGCACACGCUGACCAGGCCUCGCUCAGGGGCGGUCAGAAGGCACCGCAGGGGGAGAAUGCAGGACCCUCCCGUCAAGACGAGGAACAACCCGGUCCUUCCUGCCGGCGCCGGGAACGCCAGCCUAGCAUGUCAGAGACCAACCCCCUUUACACCCUCUGUAAAGAAGACCUGGACAGCAUGGAUAAAGAAUCUUCCGUCGCUCCAUCUCCCCGACUCACCCCCUUUCGCUGUCUCCCUGGCCUUGCCGCCAGUACAGGUCACACUGCUUGUAACGGCAAAUGGGUUCCAGUAAUCAGGGUUUAAUGAAUAUGAUUUAGGUAACCCUAUGAUUGGUCGCACAGUGAAUGUGAAAGGGUUGCUGUAAAGUGUUGCUGUAAACUAGUGGACUGCUGAAUUGGACUACGGCUGUAGGAUUGCAGCCUUUUCUCCCUAUAAUGAAUGACCUUUUUUUAUCCGUGUACGUCUUUGAGAAAACAUCUGUGGCCACACUUUGUUUAAAGUGGAGAACUACAUGGUGCCAUUUCUGACAUGCAUCAAGAAAGGCUGCAUUGAUUCUGUUUAUGAGUUCCAUUGAGUGGUAAAGUUCUGGGACUCUGAACCCCACAGGAAACAACUGCCUGUAUCUUCCGUGUAGAGUCCUUUGUCGUCUUUGUCUUUUUUAAAUACAUUUUUUAUUCUUGAAACGAGAAGGGUGACUCAGGCUGGACCAUGUGACUUGUUAAAAUCACUGAGCUAGAAAUAUGAUGCUGAAAGGAAACCUACUGCUGUUCUUUUAGUCAUGUCUUUUUUCUGCUUGCCAGUUAUUUUCUAUAGUUCUACUUGUUCUGAUUCUUCAGGAUGGCUGUGUGUGGAGAGACGUGAUGUUAUGUGCAUUAUGUUCAUGAACCCAUCAGAUUUCUCACCUUCUAAGUAAAAUGUUCAGCUAUUGCCUCAUUUCUGUCAGUUAUUUACCUCACAUACUGUGGUGAAUACCUGGGGGUUUGAUAGGUGCGCCAGGAUAUACUGAAACGGUCAUACUUUUUCAAUAUUCAAUUAUCCAAAGCAGUUCGGGAGUCAAAUGUUUGUGAUGUUCAGGACUUAAAGAUUAUUUGUCUCAGUAGUCUCACUGUAAACUGAGCUAGAAUAUAUUUUAUAUCUUGGAAGUAUUUCAGAGCAUUACAACAAGACUCACUGUUCCCAGUCUUCAUGUCACACACACUUUCUUUUCCUGAAAUGUGCCAUUUUCCUAUUUCAGUAGGCUAUGUGCUGUCGAUGGCGAAGCCUACCUAUCUUCCAUUCCGAUGGAAAUGGCGUUAAAAUGUUGAUGUUUUAUUGUGUAUGUCAGUCAGACAUACUGUACAAUUUAUAAUAAAAAAAAAAAAAC